GGAAAAUUCUCGCAGUGAAAAGGCAAGCUGGUCAACCAAAGUGAAACUGCUGACAUGAAACUCGAGUUGCUUGUUGUGGUGGCUGUGGCAGUUCUGCUGCCCAGUUUUUCUGAGAGCCGGAUCGUUUCCAAAUGCAAGCUCAGAGAAAAGCUCGGUGAAAUGCUUGAUCUGCCCAGGAGACUGAAGGAAAGAACGUUGGCAACAGUUAUCUGUGAAGUACAAAGGAGGUCUAAUCUGAACACCAAGUUAGUCAAGUCAUUUGGCAAGUGCAUCCCUACCGCACCAAACCCAGCGGUGGUCACAACCCCCUCCACAAGCGGAGGCAACAAUACGAUCACUGGAGCAGCCACAGUGACAAACACCAAUUCAACAACCAUAGACCUGACCAGCACCACUACUGCUACUACUAACACUAUAACUACUGUCAACUCCACCAUCAGCUCAGGGAACACAACCUUUGUGUCAAACAGCACAAGUGGCGUGAAAAGACAAAGGCGUGAUGCUGAUUCACACAGUGAGAAGGGGAAAAAGUUUAGUGAAGAGGAGCACAAGGAUGACAGUGAAAUGGAAGACGAGGAUGAAACGAGCAGUGAGGACGAUGACGAAUCCAAAAACCUUUACGGGCUCUUUCAGCUCUCUGACAGAGAGUUCUGUGAUUCGGGAUUAUGUCCAUCCAAAAGUAUGUGCCAUACCUCCUGCACAGCUUUUACUGAUGAUGACAUAACUGAUGAUAUUGCUUGUGUUGUCAAGACUGGUUACUGGAAGGAGAUCAUGAAAAGUGCCUCGAAGUCAUGUUGUCGCACCACGGAUUUCUUUGAGGAAUGUGACUAAAUGGCUGUGAGAUCUUGGUUGCUACAAUUUCCUAAUGAGAUCCACCUUCCGU